UUUCAAUUAGCAAGACCUAGGUAGCUGUUCUUCAACACAAUGACUUUGACUCCAAAAACGGUAAGAAUUGCGGAUCGGUACGAGUGCCAGGAGGAUGAAAUUCCACGCACACUUUAUCGCGUUCAGUAUGACCAAAGCAUGUCACUCCGAGCACGGGCAAACCCAGUUUUCACCUCCAGAGCGCACUUCAAGAGUGCCGUCGAGGACCAUCUCGUUUGGGGCAAUCGUGAGCCAUCUCCUUUCGUCUCGACAUUCGCGCAUCGCCAGCACGCAAUGAACUGGGCCAACAGUCAGUGUCAGCGUGCAGAGCAAGUGUCGCUCCUGGAACUCGAUGCAUCUCAACUGGACCGGAUCUUCAGUGUUCGGGAUUUGGUGAACUACAGAAAUGUCCACACUAAUCUACCCGAAAGUAUGUACGAAGAUGAAUACCUCGUCUUGGGUAAGAUCCGGCGCCGAAGCAUUGUCGAGAGAAUCGUGGUGUCUCCAAGAUAUGAAUUGGAGGAUCUAGCUCAGGCUUUUAAUGGUUUAGCAGUCUGAAGUUCUCGACAGUGAACUUCCGUAAGUAAUUUGAAUACGAUCGUAUUGUUUAUGGACUCAUUUACGU